GGCAACUCAAGGAACUUGUAGAGAAGGGUUGGAUCCGACCUAGUGUCUCCCCUUACGGAUCGCCAGUCUUAUUUGUACCCAAGAAGGGGGGGGACCUUGAGGAUGUGCAUUGACUAUAGGGGCCUCGAUGCCAUUACUGUGAAGAACGCAGAGCCCCUACCGAGCAUCGACGAGUUGUUGGACCGAGUGCACGGGUGUCGGUACUUCAGUAAGAUAGAUCUGAAGUCCGGGUACCAUCAGAUUGCAAUCCGGCCCGAGGAUCAAUACAAAACCGCUUUUCAGGCCAGGUACGGUUUGUACGAGUUUGUGGUGAUGCCUUUCGGCCUUUGCAAUGCUCCUGGCGCCGUUCAGCACGCCAUGAACCAGAUCGUUCAUGACCACUUGGAUAAGUUUGUCAUUGUGUACCUCGAUGACAUACUUAUCUUCAGUAGGACUGUCGAGGAGCACGUUGGUCAUUUAGAUAAAGUCCUUAGUCUCCUUCAGCAGCACAAGUUCAAGAUCAACGGGGAGAAGUGCGAGUUUGGCUACACCCGGAUCUUGUAUUUGGGUCAUGAGAUUUCCGCGGAGGGAUUAAAGCCCGAUGACGCGAAGGUGGCCAGCAUUCGUGGCUGGCCGCAUCCUCAGUCUGUGACUGAGAUGAGGUCCUUCUUAGGGAUGACCGGCUACUACUGCAAUUUUGUCAAGAGUUAUAGUAUAGUGGGCGCCCCUUUGACUGACCUGACACGCCUUGACACCCCAUGGGAGUGGACAGACAAGUGUGAGGCUGCUUUCCGACAUCUAAAGUAUGCCCUCACUCACCAUGAGGUCUUGAAACUGCCCGAUCUUGACAAGCCGUUUGUUGUGACCACGAAUGCCAACCAAUAUGGCAUUGGUGCCGUACUUGCGCAGCAAGAGGGGAAAAAGUUGAGGCCGGUAGAGUACAUGUCCAAAAAGAUGCCCUCUCAAAAAUUGGCCAAGUCCACUUAUGAGAAGGAACUCUACGCGAUUUACAAAGCGUGGACUCACUGGAGGCACUACCUCCUUGGUCGCUUCUUCUACGUCAGGACUGAUCAUCAGACCCUGAGGUGGAUGAAGACUCAACCGGUACUCUCCGAUGCCCUGAAGCGAUGGAUCGAAGUCAUAGAGCAAUAUGACUUUGAACCCCAAUACAUCAAGGGGGAAUACAACAAGGUUGUUGAUGCGUUGUCGCAUAGGCCAGACUUCCUGGGUACGCUGGUCACUGAAUUUGGGCUUGCGGACGAUGUUACUUAGCCCGGUGAGAGCCUGUCUAUGGAUUUCAUGGACACGCUGGUCACAAGCAAGAGCGGAAUGACAUAUGUCUAUGUCAUUGUGGAUAGGCUUAGUAAGUAUGCUAGAUUAGUUGCAAUGCCUGCUACAGCUAAGACCGAGUACGUAAUCAAGCUGUUCAAAGAGAACUGGGUCAGAGAUUUUGGACUUCCAAAGUCUAUUGUGAGUGACAGGGAUGUCCGAUUCACCAGUGAGUUGUGGAAGACUGCAGCUGCAGAACAGGGAACACAGCUGCAGAUGACUUCUGGGAACCACCCAGAGGCAAACGGGCAAGCAGAGCAGCUGAACCGCGAUGUACAACACGUGUUGCGGCACUACAUUAAGCCCAAUCAGGUGGACUGGGAUGAGAAACUUGCUCUCAUCGCCAGCCUGUACAACAACGCUGUGCACAGCGUCACUGGGCAAGCUGUAGAACAGAUGCACAAGGCACAGGCGGCAAUGAUAGAGUCUGAGAACAAACACCGCCGCCCAUCUACAUUUCAGGUAGUGGACAGGGUCUGGGUCAAGUCCUCAGAACUGGGACAGGAGCACGGGAUCUCCCGCAAGCUCAUGCCACAGUACUUUGGACCAUGGGAGGUUCUCGAUAUUGUCGGGGGUGAUCCGGAUGGGCCGUCAUAUGUAAUUCGGAUUCCUGGUCACCUUCGCACUUACCCUGUCUUUCACGCCUCCAAACUUGCACCUUUUGAGGAAACUGACCAGUUUCCCUCUCGUCGCUCAAUGCUGCCCCCAACCAUGGAUGGAGAGAUCGAUGACAUGGACCACAGGGAAAUGCCAGUUCCAAGACCAACAGGCAGGGGAUGUCCUCCUAAGCCGAAGCUGCAGUAUCGCGUUCGGCUGCACAGGUUGUCCUUUCUUCGGAGCUGUGUUGUGGUUUGCGAUCCCACAGACAGAGGCCAAGCAGAGGCAGAGGCAGGCCAUGUGGAUUCCGUCAAAUUUCAAUCAACCGCUGCUCUGUCAAAUCAAGCAGAUGUGUCUCCGUACUCUCUCCCCAAUUCUACUACUGCUUGCCGGUAUCAUAUGUGGCGGAGAUUGACACGGGCAGACUCAUGUGCUCCGCUUGAUGCAAUCGUCUCACGUGCCAGCUGGAAUGAUUCUUCUAGGAUCCUGCCGGCUGAAGGAGACGGGAGGAGCUACAGAGUUCAGACCUGUGAAUUGGGCAGCAAUGUGGUGCUGCCACGUGGACCAUGGUUGAUAGGUAGAAACUCGGGGACGAGUUUAAGUCGUCAGAUCCUCCUUCCUUCGGUAUGGACCUCACCGGGAAGGCGACAUGGCUCCACUAUGAGCGAAGGCAAAGGUAGGACAUGGAUGGGGGGAGGCCAAAGAUCCCAGCUUAUCCAUGACUCGGAUAUGGCCGAUGGCCAUUUGGUUCUCAAGGGUGGUGGUGAAUUGAAAGAAGCGUUCGAGAAAUGGGAGAGUGUAUCAAGCGCAGGGGUCACCAAAGUUUAUCAUAACGCUCAAGGAAAACAGUUUGCCUCUUGUCAAAGCCUUAACAGCUCAGAAGAGGGGGCCGAAAGAGUAGGAGGAUGGGAUGGGAACUGGGACAGCAACAGCACAGUGCAAGAGGCAGCACGCGCAUCUCAUGCGACUGGGGAGGGUACAGUCAUGACAUCAUUUGAUGCUGUAAGUGGAACAUCCCAUGUGCCCGUAGCUGCACCCUCAGUAGUCGAUGCUGUGGCUGCAGGAUUGGAUGGAAUCCACUCGUUGACUGGAGCGCCCUGGUGGUUAACUAUUGUUGGGAUGACACUGUUGUUGAGAUCGGCCAUGGUUCCACUGACGGUCAUGCAAAUCAGGAAAGCGGCUCAGAUUGGCGCAGUGAUGUCGACAAUCAUGCCUAAGAAAGGGGAGGAGGGAGGAUUGAUGAGGCUCAUUGAUGGUUAUAAUCGUUUGCGCAAGGAUGCAAAACUGCCAAGCCUGGCAUGGAUUGCAGCAGUGCCUUUGGUACAGGUGCCAUUGUUUGUUACCUGCAUGCUGACCAUUCGACGCAUGUCCAUCGGCAGUCAUCCUGGGUUUGAUACGGGAGGAGCACUCUGGUUCACAGACUUGACAGCUGCGGGGACUGGUUUGCCCUCCAUCGUCUUUCCGACGCUUGUGACAGGAAUGUUUCUGGCAAAUCUGCAGUGGUACAAGAGGUGUCUCCAAGCUCUGGCGGUUCCCACGUUUGCAGCAGGGUUCUACCUUCCCCAGGGGGUCUUCAUGUACUGGCUGACAUCAAACACCUUCUCACUUGCACAGUCGCUAGCUUUACGUCAGAGCUCUGUCCGCCAGUUUCUCCAGCUGCCGUCCCUUCCUUCUGCAGGUGUCCAUGGAGGCCGCUCGUAUGACACCCUCAGUGGAAAUAUAAGAGUGCUCGACUUGGAAAGAAUUAAGGCAAUGAGCGCUGACCAACUUGUUGAGAUAGCAGCACAGCUUCGGGCAGCGGAGCGCACUGAUGAAGCAAUCAAAAUUCUGCGACUUGCGAUUCAGAAGGACACGAAGAAUGUGGGGGCGUACAUGGGCCUGGCGAAAAUGCAUGCAAAUGUAAAGAAAUGGGAGGAAGCUGCGGAGUUCUAUGGAAUUGUUGCAGAUCUGGAAACAAGGGAUGAAGUCCGAGGCAGUGCGAUUUUUGGAGCAGGGGUUAGUCUUUCCAUGCAGGAAGGACUGAAGGAGGACGCUCUGCGUGUCCUAAGGAAGGCUGCAGAGCUCGAUCCUGCAGUAAUCACAGCAUACAUUCAGCCUCUUGAGAUGCAGAUCGCUGCAGGUCAGGCUCCAGAGAUAAAUGUAUCAGUCAUUGACGAGCCUGCUAGUCCACACCCCAAGGUCGGCGACCUGAAGUAAGUUGUGUUGUCGUCUGCGCUCUCUAUCGGAAGCACAAGCCGUAAAGAUCUUCCUGGGUUCUUGAUUGAGUCCUAGCCUCCUACUGCAGGGUCUCUUCACCUUCACAAAGGGUGGAUAAAAGUUAAAAGUUAAAAGUUAAAAGUUAAAAGUUAAAAGUUGAAAGUUAAAAGUUAAAAGUUAAAACCCCAACCGUUGAAAGCGGUCAGUCAAGCUGCGGUAGCGACGGAUUAGUUACCGCCACUUUGUGAAGUUUGAAGUUUGAACACAUUGAUGAUGCAAGCUGCUUACCGAUUAUUUUGCCCAGUGUGGAAGGAAGUCGGCAUUUUGAUUUCCCGACCACGGAAUAGUGAACACAAUGACGCAAGCGCCGAGCGGCUGAUAUAUAUUUUUAAUUUUUUUUUUUCUUUGCCUCAGAGUCUGAGAAAGGUGGUCGGCACGUCGAAUGUGAAAACGGGAUUGACCGAAAUUUAGUCAACGUGACAACUAAUUGUUUUCCCACUGCGACACGUCACAGGCAUUUUGAUUUUUCCGACCGUCGAACACAACGAUGCAUCUUGAAGCUGCUGAAAAAUUGUUGUUUGCACAACUUUGAACUUUCCAGUAACAAUUUAAGUUUUAAGUUUUAACAAAAGCAGCCGACAUUU